AUGCCAGAACAGAAUUCCGGACAGGAUGCCAGAACAGAAUUCCGGACAGGAUGCCAGGACAGUAUUCUGCACAGGAUGCCAGAACAGAAUUCCGCACAGGAUGCCAGAAAAGUAUUCCGGACAGGAUGCCAGAAAAGUAUUCCGGACAGGAUGCCAGAACAGAAUUAUUCACAGGAUGCCAGAACAGAAUUCCGGACAGGAUGCCAGAACAGAAUUAUUCACAGGAUGCCAGAACGGUAUUCCGCACAGGAUGCCAGAACAGUAUUCCGCACAGGAUGCCAGAACAGAAUUCCGCACAGGAUGCCAGAACAGUAUUCCGGACAGGGUGCCAGAACAGUAUUCCGGACAGGAUGCCAGAACUGA